AAGUACGUGGAGAAUUCUUCUAAAGGGAAGCAGGAACUGGCUUUUUCCUUAUUGAACGACGUGAAACCCAGCACAAAGUUCAAAUUUUAUUAACACUGCUUAUUUUCUUUAAAGAACGUUUGUCAGAAAUUCAUAUGCAUGGAAUGCUCGUUAUAGAGCGACGUGCGUCCCCUCAAAACAUGUCUUAUAAGCCCCACCCCCAAGGGACUAUGAUUAUGUAUCCAGACGGAAGAUUAAGUGUCACUGGGUCAUAACAACUUGGCCAAAAACAAGACAAUCAGGAGACCUGGUUCUGCCCCUAAAUACCCAGGGACGUAAAGGUGAGAUAGGGGCUUUUUACCCUAAUGUUUGCUGGUCUAGAAGGGCUUAGGGAAGAGCCUGAUGGAAAGUUUUAAAACACGUGAAACACACUCCUUUUCUCUUCUUCCCACUACUCCGUGAGAGGAACAUUCUCGAAGGACUGGGAAAGCAUGAUGUCAUGAAGAGGAACCUGACAGGGACAAAGGAGCUCCUUGAGGACAUUAGUGAGUCACUGAAACAGCAUUUAGUGAGAAGAUGAAAGAGCCCUUUGGCAAGAAUAACAGCUGCAAAAUGUUCGAGGGCUGGCAAAUUUUUUGAUGAGUCGUCUCUGGGAUCACACGUAGCAGCAGCACCGCACAGAGCACGUGGAACACAUGCGAUGCCCGUCUAUGCUGCCGGUGUCGAGUUUCACACAGAUUCGCUCAGUCUUCACAGAGAUUCUGCAGUGCAGAUAAGAUUUGUUUUUCUUUUUGUGGCGGCACCUGCAGCAUAUGGAAGUUCCUGGGCUCUGGGUCCAAUCAGCUGUAGUUACAGGCUGAUGCGACAGCCAGGCAACACCGGCCGGAGCUGCAUCUGUGGCCUACCAACGGAUCCUUAACCCUCUGAGCGAGGCCAGGGAUUCAACCUGCAUCCUCACAAAGACAAUGUCGGGUCCUUAACCCACUGAACCACAGCAGGAACUCCUAGAUAAGAUUUGUUUUAAUGCAGAAAUGGAUUAAGAGAGGAUAGUAAAUAACUGCCCAAGGACACACAACUAGUAAGUAGAGGCAUCCAGUCCGGUUCCCAAAAGGAGCCCGUCGCCUGCCCAGCAUCAAACUCCACUGAAGAAUGUGAGCUCGGCUAACAGGCAUCCACUCGCGGUCCCGCGCCGCCGCCGGCUCGGAGGCGCCCUUCGCUGGGCGUGCCCUCCCAUUCUGGAGGUUCCCAGAGAGGAGGAGGUGCUCCCUAGCCGGGCAGCGGGCCCAGUCUCCGGGCAGUGAGAGGGAGGGAGCGCAGCCGCGGGAGCGGGAUGGAGCCCAGCAGCCGGAGGCCCCCGGGGCCGAGCCCCGGCUCCGCGCUGAGCCUGGAUGCCCGGCUGGGCGUGGACACGCGCCUCUGGGCCAAGGUGCUGUUCACCGCGCUCUACUCGCUCAUCUUCGCGCUGGGCACGGCGGGCAAUGCGCUGUCCGUGCACGUGGUGCUGAAGGCGCGGGCCGGGCCCCCCGGGCGCCUGCGCUACCACGUGCUCAGCCUGGCGCUCUCCGCCCUGCUGCUGCUGCUGGUCUGCGUGCCCGUGGAGCUCUACAACUUCGUGUGGUUCCACUACCCCUGGGUCUUCGGCGACCUGGGCUGCCGCGCUUACUACUUCGUGCGCGAGCUGUGCGCCUACGCCACGGUGCUCGGCGCCGCCUGCCUGAGCGCCGAGCGCUGCCUGGCCGUGUGCCGGCCCCUGCGCGCCCGCCGCCUGCUGACGCCGCGCAGGACCCGCCGCCUGCUGUCGCUCGUCUGGGCCGCCUCGCUGGGCCUGGCCCUGCCCAUGGCAGUUAUCAUGGGGCAGAAGCACGAGCUGGAGACGGCCAGUGGGGAGCCGGAGCCCGCCUCGCGCGUGUGCACCGCGCUGGUGAGCCGCACCACGCUGCAGGUCUGCAUCCAGGUGAAUGUGCUGGUGUCCUUCGUGCUCCCCUUGGCAUUAACUGCUUUCCUGAAUGGAGUCACCGUCAGCCACCUGGCGGCCCUCUGCUCCCAGGUGCCCACCCCUUCUGCCACGGGCAGCUCUGCCCCCAGCCCCCUGCAGCUCGUGUGCGAGGAGAGGAAGACACUGUCCCUGGGCCGCCAGGCCAGCCUCGUGAGACACAAGGGCUCCGGCCGGAUCCGUGGCCUCCAGCUCAGCAUCCAAGUUCUCAGAGGCAUCGUGGCCGUGUACGUGGUCUGCUGGAUGCCCUACCACGCCCGCAGGCUCAUGUACUGCUAUGUCCCAGACGACGCGUGGACCGACAAACUCUACGACUUCUACCACUACUUCUACAUGGUGACAAACACGCUUUUCUACGUCAGCUCGGCGGUGACCCCUGUCCUGUACAACGCCGUGUCCUCCUCCUUCAGAAAACUCUUCCUGGAAGCCCUGGGCUCCCUGUGUCGAGAGCGCCACCCCGUGGAGCCGCUAUUCCGGGGAGCUCGGGAGCCCCGCCCUGGUGCAUGCGGGGUCCGGCCCUGGGGCUCCCCCAGGAACCCCCGCCUGGAUGAAGUCGAAGAAUGAGCAGAGGAGCAACGACUGUCCUGCGAUGCAGCACUCGGACGAGCCUCUUCAUCACUAAUAACUCAAGCCGCGCGGUCCGGCCGCCUGCGGGGACCCCCAGCUCUGCCACUCACCAGCUGUGCACCUGCAGGCAAGCCACUUACACCUCCGAGCCUCUGUCUCCUGUCCAAUGGAGAUGAAUGAAUAAUACCCAUCUUUAGUGUUUUCUGAAGAGCUAUUUAGCACAGAGCCUGGUGCAUAAUAAAGAAUACAUUUUUGCUGGCUU